GUAAUGUUUACGUUGACUGGAGUCAACUGAACAACUCAACAGGGUUAUCAACUGUCCGGUUAACUGUUAGAUAAACGCAGUCGAAGGAUAUUAUUUAAUCAAGAGUAACCGUCAAGGUAGGUUGAUAUAUGAAUAAAAGGUUUAAAUGCAAUCAGCUACGCCAGGGUAAACGUUAGCAGUAGCGAAAGUUGGCAGUUGGUUAGCAGUGUGCUAGCAGGCCGCAAAGCCUCGUGUUUUCUUGGCUAGCAGAGCGGGACGGAGGAGUCGCGAGGAGUCGGCAGUCUGCGAACGAGUUUACGGAUGGACUUCUGAUUCUUCUACUCUGUAUAUACUGGAACCAUCCGCUUCACAAUGUCUGCUGACAGGGAGCUCAACAUGGGCGCGGACGACGACAGACUAGUCAGACCGAAGGCAGAGUUCCACGCGUUGCUGCAACACGCAGGAGCCGCUAAAGAUGUCUUCACCAUAAAGGAGGUGAUGUUCUACCUGGGCCAGUACAUCAUGCAGAAGCAGCUGUAUGACCAGAAGCAGCAGCACAUCGUCCACUGCUCCCAGGAUGCACUGGGGCGGGUGCUGGGAGUCGACAGCUUCUCUGUUAAAGAGCCACGAGUUCUGUUUGCUAUGAUCACCAAGAACCUGGUCGCUGUGAAGAACCAAGAUUCACCGCCAAGCUUGAGUGAAGCACACAGCGACAGCCAGACAGACGGGGGGACAGAGGAGGCGGUUUCAGAAAGUCGCUCUUCAUCGCCCGACAGGAGGGGGAGGCGGAGGAGGAGGAGGAGGAGCAGCUGCAGGAGCAGUGACCCAGGGCCCUCCGACAGUCUCGCGGGGGAUGAAGAUAAUUGGGAGGAGGAAGAGGGAGGGAGGAAGAGGAGAAGGUCUGACAGCUACUCCCUGACCUUUGAUGACAGUCUGUCGUGGUGCGUGAUUGGUGGACUGGAAAGUGUACGGGACAGACACAGCAGCCAAUCAUCCGACUCACACAGCACUUCUGUGAGGUCAGAGGUCACGGUUGCAGACUCGGACAGCGAUAACUUCAGUGUUGAGUUUGAGGUGGAGUCCAUCGACUCUGACGACUACAACGAAGAUGACGCCUCUCUGUCUGCAGACGACCAGGUGUACGAGGUCACCAUAUUUGAAGAAGAGGACUCCUUUGAUGAAGACACAGAGAUCACUGAAGCUGACUACUGGCGCUGUGCGAAGUGUGACGAGGUGAACCCCCCUCUCCCCAGAAACUGUCUCCGCUGCUGGGCCCUGCGCCAGGAUUGGCUGUCGGAGGUGUCCGCCUCCUCCAGUCCGAAGGUCCUACCUCCAAAGCCAACCGACCAAUCAGCAGCCAAAGAAGCUCCAGGUUCUGAUGUCGAGGACAACGAAGGAGUCGACGUUCCAGACGGGAAAAGAGCAAAAACUCCUCUCCUGUCUCAGUGCCUGUCUGAUGCCCCCUCGUCUGCACCCAACUCCCAGGAUCCCCUCUCGUCCUCGCAGCCUUCGUCCUCCUCGAAGGUCUGGACUCCCGACUCCCAGCCCUCCUCGUCCUCCUACUCCUCCAUGGACUCCCAGGAGCUCCUACCGUCCUCCCCCACCAGUCCUCCCCCUCCACUUCCUCCUCCCACAGCCCCCGAGCUGGAGCGCAGCGUCUCGGCCGAGUGGCGUCUGCCGGACUCGUGCCUGGACCCCUGUCUCAUCUGUCAGUCCCGGCCGAAGAACGGCUGCAUUGUCCACGGACGAACGGGACACCUGAUGUCCUGCUACGUCUGCGCCAGGAAGCUCAAGAAGAGGAACAAGCUGUGUCCGGUCUGCAGGCUGCCCAUCCAGUCGGUUGUCCUCACCUACAUCAGCUGAGACACCCAGUCUGUCCUCACCCUCAGACUGUCCUCACCUACCUCAGCUGAGACACCCGGUCUGUCCUCACCUAAUCAGCUGGGACACCCAGUCUGUCCUCACCUAAUCGGCUGAGACACCCAGUCUGCCCUCACCCUCUGUUUGUCCUCACCUACCUCAGCUAAGACACCCAGUCUGUCCUCACCCCUGGUCUGUCCUCACCUACCUCAGCUGAGACACCCAGUCUGUCCUUACCCCUGGUCUGUCCUCACUUACCUCAGCUGAGACACCUAGUCUCUCCUCACCCUUGGUCUGUCCUCACCUACCUCAGCUGAGACACCCAGUCUGUCCUCCCUUGGUCUGUCCUCACCUACCUCAGCUGAGACACCCAGUCUGUCCUUACCCCUGGUCUGUCCUCACCUACCUCAGCUGAGACACCCAGUCUGUCCUCACCAUACAGCCGACCCAUGUAGGACUCUUUGUCUCUGGUGAGACUUCAGUUCACAGUUAUUUCACAGCAGACUUUGGAUAAUUAAGAGUUCAGUUUCAAGUUUUUGUUUGACUUCUCUGCUUCUGUCCCUCAGCACAUGUUCACACUUAUUUGUCUCUUAGUCUCUUUUCGGGGACC